CCUUCACGCUUCCUCAUUGACAGCGCCUAAAGGAAGAAAGCAGCGAUACACCGUUUCAUUUACACUCUUAACAGUUUGAUACCGUUUCUACGUAUUAUUGAGGUCUUAAACAACUCGGAAGUCUUCUUUAAAAGUCUUGGGAAGUUCAGAAAUGUCAAAGCCUCCCCCCAAACCAGCUAAACCAGGCCAGGUCAAGGUGUACAGGGCUUUAUUCACCUUUGACCCAAGGACGCCAGAUGAACUGUACUUUGAGGAAGGAGAUAUCUUGUACAUCUCAGAUACAAGUGACAGUAACUGGUGGAAGGGAACAUGCAGGGGAAGGACUGGACUUAUUCCCAGCAAUUACGUGGCUGAGCAAGCAGAGUCCAUAGACAAUCCCAUGCAUGAAGCAGCCAAGCGAGGUAAUCUGAGCUGGCUCAGAGAGUGUUUGGAUAAUAAGGUUGGCAUCAAUGGACUGGACAAAGCAGGGAACACCGCUCUCUACUGGGCCUGUCACGGAGGACAUAAAGAUGUGGUGGAGAUUUUGCUGAGUCAGCCGAACUGUGAGCUCAAUCAGCAGAAUAAACUGGGAGACACGGCUCUACAUGCAGCUGCCUGGAAGGGUUAUUCAGAUAUAGUUGAGAUGUUGCUCAAUAAAAAUGCCAGGACAGACGUGCUCAACAAUGAGAAGAAGACCGCUCUGGAUAUGGCCACCAACGCACAAUGUGCCUCUCUGCUGAAGAGGAAACUGGGAGGAGUGAUUCUGCGCACCCACAGUAACGCUGAGGAGUAUCUCGAUGAUGAAGACUCUGACUGAGAGAAGAGCAGCACUAAUGAAGUCCAUUCAUUCCUAUAUUCAUUCCAACAAAAAAAACAUCACAACAUGUAUAUAGAUUAGGGCUGCACUAUAUAUCGCAUGCGAUUGUCAUGCGCAUCUUGCCAGUAAAGCCGGUUCUGUGAUUAUUAAUAAAUCUCCAUCACCUGUUUUCAAAUGGAGCGGCAUUUAAUACACAGAGCCGUAGUUCACUGACAAGUUACGCAAUAUCACGUUCAAUAUCGCAGGCGAUUCAUCUGCGAUUCUGAGAAUGAAUUGCGUAGCUUGUCACAGAACCGGCUGUACUGACGAGGUGCGCAUGACAGUCGCAUGCAAUAUAUCGUGCAGCCCUAAUAUAGAUCAGAUUUAUGUGGGAGAAACCUUAUUUACAAGGGUGGGGAGGUUAUGAAAGCUGGUUGUCGUUGUCUGAUUGUCUCAACUUUCUUCUUCAUUCCAGUUCAUUGUAAAAGUAUUGCAGUACUUGUCUGUUCUGUACAUGUUUAGGAUGGACACAGUGAACAUUCGUUCUUCUAUUUGCUGCUCCUCUUUUAACUGUAUUUAUUGCAUAGAACUCUGUUUGAUUUUAAAGUGCCUUUUUAACAGGGAGAUCACCCAGAAUGCCUCGCAGCACCGGGUCUUUUUAUUCCAAAAGUUUUAUGCGCGUGAAUGUAAGUGUGUGUCUGAGAAUUUUAACCGUUUGAUUGGGUUUGUGUGAGAUGUGCUUGAUGAUAGCUUCUGAGAUGCAUGUAAAUCUGAAUGUUACAACUAUGCAAAUAAAUCAGUGGCCUUUGCUUGA